UGCAGCAAGAUGAAGUAGUGAACGAUGCACCGGUGCCACCAGGAUUACUCUCAGUAUAUCGAGUAUACUCGAGCGCCUCAACUCAGGCACCAUUUGUCAGUCCAACAGCACCAGCAAAUGAUGGUGCUUGGUAUGGCGCUGGUAAUAUGCAGCUGUCUUCGAUGAUUAUCAAUAUCCGAGGCAUGAACUCGCCAACUCUGCAUCAAG